AUGGCGACGAACGGGGAUUCAACGGCCCGGCCCAAGGUCACCAUAAACCAGGGCACCGUCGUGGGCAUCCAACAGCAGGGAGCCUACCCGCGUCCCAUCGAUGUUUUCCUGGGAAUCCCGUACGCCCUCCCCCCAACAGGGGACCGGCGGUUCCGGAACCCGGAACCAGUGCCCCACUCAACCGAGACCAUCGACGCGUCUCGCUUCGGCCCGCGCGCCCCGGCCAAGCAGUUCGUCGUCCGGGGUCCGAAGCUCGAGACCAGCGAGGACUGUCUGACGGCCAACGUCUUCCGGCAGACGUCGCCGGCAGAGGGCAACGGCGCGGGCUCCAAGCUGCUGCCCGUCGCCAUAUAUCUGCACGGCGGCGCCUUCAACAGGGGCAACGCGGCGAUGCACGACAGCGCGUCCAUGGUCGGCUGGUCCGCGGAGCCGUUCGUCAUGGUGUCGUGCGGCUACCGGAUAGGGGCGCUGGGGUUCCUGCCGUCGAGCCUGAGUGCCAAGGAGGGCGUGCUGAACUUGGGGCUCAAGGACCAGAUCCUUCUCAUGGUGUGGGUGCAGGAGAACAUCGGGCAGUUCGGCGGCGACAAGAAUAACGUCACGCUCAUCGGCCUGUCUGCCGGUGCUCACUCGAUCGGACACCACCUCCUGGACUACGAAGAGGGCAAGAAGCCGCUCUUCCACCGCGUCGUAAUGGAGUCCGGCGCGCCCACCUCGCGCGCCGUCCGGCACCACGACGCCGAGAUCCACGAGCAGCAAUUCAGAGACUUCCUCCGCGCCGCCGGCUGCCCGCCCGACCUCGAGGACUCGGACGUCUUCCCCUUCCUGCGCUCCCUGCCCACGUCUGCGAUCGCCGACGCGCAGGUCCAAGUCUUCGACGCCUACAACCCGAGCCUGCGGUGGGCCUUCCAGCCCGUCAUCGACGGCACCCUCAUCCGCGGGCGCCCCAUCGACGGCUGGCGCAGCGGGCGCUGGCACCGCGUGCCGAUCAUGACGGGGUUCACCGGCAACGAGGGGUCGCUCUACGCGCCGAAGGCCAUGGCGACGUCGGCCGAGUUUACGGAUUUCUUCCGCAAACUACUACCACAAUUAACAGACGAGGACCUCGCCGCUAUCGACGCGCUGUACCCGGACCCCGUCACCGUCCCGGACUCGGCCUACAGGGAGGACCGCCAGAGCUUGGGCGUGGGCGACCAGUACAAGCGCAUCGAGGCGGCGUACGCGCACUAUGCUUACGUCGCCCCCGUGCGCCAGACGGCGCACUUUGUCGGGGCACUCGUGCCGACUUACCUGUACCACUGGGCGGCCUGUAGUAGUGUUGUCGGCGGCGCCAGUCACGGCGACAAUAUGGCGUACGAGGCGCGCGAGCGGGCUGUGUGUGAAAAAUCCGCGACGCAGGCGGAGCUGGCGGGCGUGCUGCAUGCGCCGGACUGGGUGCCGCAUCGGGGGGAGGCGGAGCCGAUGAAGAUGGUGUUCGGAGGGGGGAAUGAGGAGUUAGUUGGUGGGGACGUCGGCGAGGCGGCGGUUGUGGUAAAGGAUGAGUGGGCGGCGAGGGAGAGUCUGUUUUGGUGGGUUAAGGUUGAGAUCUCGCAGCAAUAG